AUGCUCGAACGUGCAACAAGCUCCCUCGAGAACGCGGGACGGCGUUUCCUUCAAGACUCCAAUGGCGUGAUCCGAAACGGAAGCUGUCUCUCUGGUCAUUUUUGGAAGCAUACCGGCGUUGGAGCGAAUGCUCCUCAGUGGUUUAUCGCGCUUUUGCAGGCGUCAGGCCAACGAUCGUCCCCCGUUCUUAGCACUCAACACGAAAGCAGAGAGUCAAGCGAUGGGAUAGGGCCAUCACUCGAAUUCUUAUAUCCUCAGCAGGCUCAAACUUUAGUAGCUUCGCGUCUGCCUCGCUCCCAAAACAGGACUGGGUUUCGGAGGAGACACUUGAGCUUUUCAAGGUCUUAUGUUUCUCUUUCAAGUCUUUGCCAAGCUCCAUCAGAGGCUUCAUCCAGACAUGAAUAUGCACCAAAGCUGGCGCAAGUGCCUCAAAAUCCAGAAUCUCUCGAUGAGGACGGUGAAGCGAGCGCAUCCCUCCAGGCGUUCCUUCAGGAGAAUGGCAGCGAAUUCGAUAAAGCUUGGGUUCUGUACGUUGCAGCUGGAUGUCCGUCGAAACUCAAGUCUGCACUCUGUGCUUAUAUGAGUAAAUCACCCAAAAAAAAGGAUCAACGCCGAGCAUGGACACUCUUCAACGAAAUCGCACCCAAAGAUCGCACCGACUUAGACUUCAAGAACAUUAUAAAAUCACAGAUUCUGUCGCUACCCGAGAAAAGACCCCAGCAUUUGGAUGAGAUCUGCCAGGAAGCCAUUUCCACUCCAUUUGCCCAAGAAAUCAUCUCGCUGGGCCUGAUGCACAUGAUGGCAAACAGACAGUGGUCUAAAAUUACCUCACUCUGGAAGAAGCUAUUGGCGACCCGUGCGAAUGAGCGACCACCAUUGGACUUUUUUCUGGAUCGAUUUGAUCGAUUUCACUUCCCUGAUUAUUCCCUUUCGAGGCAUCUCCUUGCUUUCACUGCGCACCUGAUAAGUGCCGGCACGGUUAGUGCAGCAGCAAAUGACUUUUUGCGCCGUCUAAUUGAGCGAUUUAUUAGCUCUGAUGACAUGGUCAUAUCCACACCGAUUCCGACUUUGCUUGAACUGUUGCACAAAUGCCGUCCUCUUGGUCUCUUGACCACAAGACACUAUUUCAAUUUGAUACAAGUCUUCCUACAAUCAGAGCAGAGGCCGGAAUUAGUCAAGUGCAUUCUUGUUUAUCGCUACUUUCGUUCAAGAUUUCCGGAUGAAAGGAUGCACCUCACCACUAUUCGUGCUAUUACUCAACGCGUGGUGAAAUUCAAGAUGACCGACAGCAUGCUAUAUUUUUUGGACGAAGAGGCGCACUUUGAUGAAAAUAAAAGACCAAGCAUGUUGUCAUACAAUGAAGCCAUGAGUGCAUUUUCACGGAUUGGGGAUGUACGAACUGUCCAACACCUGUUUGAUAGGUUCCUGGCAGAUCACGGCCACCCAAAGUUUCAUGGGUCGGUGAUCCCCCUUCUUGCCGUUCACGCGCGGUUAGGUGAUGUGCGCGAGACACGGCGACAAUUCGAGCGAAUUCCUACAGAAUUUGGUCUCCCGGUGAACACAAUUUGCUGGAAUAUACUGCUUCUGGCGUACACUACUGCCAAGGAUUUAUCGGGUGCUCUUUCUAUAUUCUCAGAAAUGCGAGAAAAUAAAGUACCCUCCAACUCGUACACAUUUGGCACACUGAUGGCGAUUUUCGCCCAGCGAGGCGACGUCGAAGCAAUCCGUCAAUUGCUCAAAGAGGCGCAGAAGAGUCGAGUACAAAUCACGAGACCAAUGAUUGAAACGGCCGUUCAAGCAUACUGCAAGAAUGGGCAAUUGGCCCAUGCAGAAGAGCUUAUCGCACUGAGCUGGGAUUUAGCGGUGGGAGGGUCUCCCUUGCGAAUGUGGAAUUUUCUUCUAAUGCGGUAUGCAUUCAGGGUAUCAAAGUUUUCCUUCCGCCGUGUCCUUGACCGCAUGGGACGCCUAGGAUUGAAACCGGAUGACAUGACUUACGCGGCUGUUAUGCUUGCUUAUGUCUAUGCUAAGCAGGUGGAUCGUGCGCAAGCUGCCCUCAGAAAGAUGCAUGAAGCUGGUUUUCAAGUCACCGAGCACCAUUAUUCCAUUCUCUUGCUUGGAUAUGUGAAGGAACGGAAUCGUGAUAUGGUGUAUGUCAUCUCCCGCGAAAUGCAAAAACGCUUCGGUCGAAUCGGGAUGGAGGAGAGCCUUUUGAGCCUGAGAAUGCAGAUUGCGAGAGACGUGGAGACCGCAAAGGAUCUCGAAACCCCCAUUGAAGAUAUCGUGUUGGAGAACGCAGAAAAGACGCUUGCUGAAUCAAUCUCACGAUUCAAUGCCAAUCCAUCGCCAGCCAACAGUCGAUUAUCUAGACCGUUAGAGGGCUUUGCUGUUGAGUCUUUCACUGCCACGCACUAUCAACGGCUGAUCGACGCAUACGGCAUCGUAGGUGGCGCCAGAAAAGCACUCGAAACUUUUACUCAUUACAUGCAACUCAGACGAACCGCGGGAUUAUCGGACGGCGAUGAUUUGAAAUCUUUACCGAUUGACUUCGUCAAAGCCGUUAUGAAUGCCUUUUUAGAAACCCAGAACUACGAGAAAGUGGAAGAGUGCUGGAACAGUAUUAUCGCAAGUGCAAACAAGGCAGCCGGUACCUGCGAUCUUGACAAACUCUUGUCAGCACCGUCGCCGGAGUCAACGCUGCCAGCACCAGACGUGUCCUCUCUCCCGUCAAUUUUUUCAAUGUCCACUCAAGCAGAAAAGCCCAAAAUCAUUCCUGCUCAACGCUUCAUCCUGGACUAUCCACUUUCGCUUUACCUGCAGUCGUUGGCUCGCCGAGGCAUGUUCGCGAGAAUGCAUCAAGUUGUAGCCGAAGUUCAGGCAGCAGGCUUUGCAUUGACUGGUUUCAACUGGUCAACUUACGUUAGGACGCUUGCGACAUCUGAUCAUUAUCCUGACAAUGUGGAGGCAUUUAGACUUUUCGAAGAGAAGUUCAUUGUUCAUUUCCCUGGUUGGUCGUGGUUUCUCAAAGGAUAUGGUGUGAGACCACUUAACGCCCCCGUGACAAUCCUCCACCUCGAAGGUCGCGCGGGUAUCACCAAACCUCGCAGGAUGAUGGGAAAGUUGGCCCGGAAGCAUUGGCGCAAAAUCGACCCCGGUUACAUGCACCCUCAUUACCCCACCAUGGUGCAACUAGCCAACACAUUGCAACAGCUCCGGCAAACCAGUAUUACGGAGGGGAACGAGCAUCUGGCCAAUCUCUACAAGAUUGCGCCACAGACUGUUGAUGCCCUUGCCGCGAUGCCAACCGUGGCUGAUAAAUAUCAGGGUUCCAUACUUCGCGGCAAGGCGGCAAAACGCGAUAUCCUCCCACGCCCAACCCAUCUGUCCUCCUCGCACUCUGGUGCUCUUGGCCCUAGUCGCGACAUGCAUGAACGCACCUUUGAUGACGCGACUAAGGAACCUCUCGUGUUGAGAAAAGACCAACAUUCCGAGCCCGCCGUCAACAAUUUAAAUCUUACUGGCUUACUCGCCGUUCACGAAGAGGGAUUAUUCGGCCCGUUGGCGAGCAUCCUUCCUCGCGAGGACCGAGUUGACCUGGAAACUACAGUUCACGAGUAUCGCGUUACGGCGCAACAGUGGAAGGACCGAAUCAAGCAUUACCACGAGGUUAUUGCUAUGGCGCUCAAAGACAGGGAUAUGCCACGCGCCGACGCCCACAAACGACGUUUGGUCAAGUUGCUAUAUUCCGACGUCAAGAGCCCGACCGCCAAACGGCAACUGUUCGACAAGGAUAAUCGCAAGUGGAAGCUACAAACCCCUCCCUACCUUAUGUUCAAGCCCAUUGCCGGGCUCCAUGUAAAACCCGGGCGGACGUUAGCGAAGCGAGCGUCCGAACGACAAAGAUACAAGGGACCCUGGACGCCCAGGGAAGACCAGGGCGACGACCGUUGA